CGCCAAAUUAUGUUUAAAUCGAGUUGAAUGAGGUCGAAGCCACCAACGAGGAGGAGCUCAUCACCUCCCAUGUACUUCUCUCCUAUCUGUGAAACGUAUAAGAUUCGACCUCUUCUGGUAAAUUUCUACCAGUGGUCGUCGAGGAAAGAGGACGAUCACAGAGGGAGGGGGCCAGGCACAGACUGUGAGAGUUGAAGAGGAAGCAUGCCUGUUCAUUUUUUUGGUUUCUCUCUCCAGCGGCAACAGCAUAUGUGAGAAAACUCUGAGCUCCCAAUUUCCUCAGCAGAUUUUUGACACAAUGGCAGAGUCUUCAGGCUUGUCAUCUCAAGGUCUGGGCAGAGUAUUCUCAAUGAGGAUUCCUCAAAAGGUGGGGAACACUACAUGGGGAGUUCAGUCUAAGUCAGAGAAAUAUCAGGUUGCAGAUGAUACCAGCCUUUUUUCAAGUUCUUUGCCUGUUUUGCCACAUGAAAAAUUGAAUUUUGAGAGUUUGGACAAGCAUGUGGAAGCUAUGGGAACUGCAUCGUCAAAUUCAAACCAAGUUUUUUCUGAGAGAGAGAAUAAGGAGUCCACUGAGGAUAUUGAUCACGAUCCAGUUGAUCUGCCUGAUGAUGAGAAUGAACUUUUGGCAGGCAUUAUGGACGACUUCGACCUGACUGGCUUACCCAGUAAUAUUGAUGAUGUGGAUGAUUAUGAUCUUUUUGGCAGUGGAGGGGGUAUGGAGUUGGAUUUUGAGCCACAGGAGAGCCUGAGUCUGAGUUUUGCAAAAGCAAGCAUCUCAGAUAAUUAUGUUGGGAAUGCAACUGGGCAGUAUGGGCUUUCAAAUGGUGUGGGGACCGUUGCUGGGGAGCAUCCAUAUGGUGAGCAUCCAUCGAGAACAUUGUUUGUGCGGAAUAUCAAUAGCAAUGUUGAAGAUUCAGAAUUACGGUCAUUAUUUGAGCAAUUUGGUGCCAUCAGAACUCUGUACACUGCUUGCAAGCACAGGGGAUUUGUGAUGAUAUCUUAUUAUGAUAUUCGUGAUGCUCGAACUGCAAUGCGUGCACUGCAAAAUAAGCCAUUACGCCGGAGGAAACUUGACAUACAUUUUUCUAUUCCAAAGGAUAACCCUUCGGAAAAGGAUAUAAAUCAGGGAACACUUGUAGUUUUUAAUCUGGAUCCCUCGGUUUCCAAUGAUGAUCUCCGCCAGAUAUUUGGGGCUUAUGGAGAAAUCAAAGAGAUCCGUGAGACCCCACAUAAGCGGCAUCAUAAAUUUAUUGAGUUCUAUGAUGUCAGAGCAGCAGAAGCUGCUCUUCGUUCUUUAAAUAGGAGUGACAUUGCUGGGAAAAAGAUAAAGCUUGAGCCUAGCCGUCCAGGUGGAGCACGAAGAAACUUGAUGCAUCAAUUGACCCAGGAGCUCGACCAGGAUGAAGCUAGAACUUUUCGGCCUCCAGGAGGUUCUCCAAUCGGAAAUUCUCCUCCAGGUACUUGGGCAUCAUACAGCCCAAAUGAAAAUAGUUUGUUGCACGCUUCCAAUCAGUCUCCAGGUGUGGGAACUAUUAGUCCCAUAGGCAGCAACCAUUUACCUGGUUUAGCUUCUAUAUUACCACCUCUAAUGUCUAACACUGUCAAGAUUGCACCCAUUGGUAAAGACCAAGGUAGGGGCAGCCAUACAGAGCAAGUAUUCUCAAGCAGGACUUCCAUUAAUGAAACUGGUAUCCAGCAGUCUCAUUCCUUUCCGGAGAGUGGCAACACUGUGAUGCCAAAUAUGGGCCAGAGCCCUGGAAGCUUAACAUCCUUUGGCCUGACUUCUUCUAGUGCAUCUGGUGUUGGUACGUUGUCUGGGCCGCAGUUUCUCUGGGGUAGUUCUACCCCUUACUCUUCACAUACCCAUUCUUCAGCAUGGCCUGCGCCAUCAGCUGGACGCUCAUUCACCUCUACUGGACAAGGACCUGGAUAUCCAUACUCAAGUCGCCAAGGCUCAUUCAUGAGUUCAUCACAUCAGCACCAUGUUGGUUCUGCUCCAUCUGGAAUGCCGUUUGAGAGGCAGUAUGGUUUCUUUCCAGAUUCUCCUGAAACAAGCUUCAUAAAUGCUGCUGCUUUUGGGGGUGUGGGUUUAAAUCGCAAUGACGGAGCUUACCUGAUGAAUAUUGGUGGCAGAACUGCUAUUAAUUCUGGAAUUGGUCUUUCAAAUAAUAUGAUGCCUGAAAAUGGUUCCCCAAAUUUCCGAGUCUUGCCUUCACAGAGGUUGGGGCAUAUGAUGCUUGGGAAUAGCCCGUUUGCUGGACCAUUUACAAGUAUAGAUGGGAUGGCCGAUCGUGGAAGAAGCCGACGAGUUGAGAAUAAUGUGAACCAGUUAGACAACAAAAAACAAUAUCAACUUGACUUGGAAAAAAUUGAGGGUGGUGAAGACACACGGACAACACUCAUGAUAAAAAAUAUCCCUAACAAGUACACAUCUAAGAUGCUUCUUGCUGCCAUUGAUGAGAAUCAUAAGGGAACUUAUGACUUUUUAUACUUGCCAAUUGAUUUCAAGAACAAGUGCAAUGUGGGUUAUGCCUUCAUAAACAUGGUGUCUCCGUCAUACAUCAUUCCAUUUUUUGAGGCAUUCAAUGGCAAGAAGUGGGAGAAAUUUAACAGUGAGAAGGUGGCUUCACUGGCUUAUGCCCGUAUUCAAGGCAAGGCAGCCCUUGUCACCCAUUUCCAGAAUUCAAGUCUAAUGAAUGAAGAUAAGCGCUGUCGCCCCAUUCUUUUCCACUCAGAUGGCUCAGAGGCUGGUGAUCAGGAACCUUUCCCUUUGAGCAAUGUGAAUAUGCGUCCUCGUCCACUGGAUGCAUCCAGCUCCAAUAGCCUGUCAGAAACCCCAACAACAGUUUGGGGUAGUGAGAAAACUGAGAAAAAUGAUGGCUGAUCUGGUGGCAGUGAAUGCUUCAUUAGCUGGAGGCAGAAACUGUUAAUCUUGUACAUAGUGAUUAAAUUGUAUGGUUCAUGUCGUAGGUGGAUCCCGCUUGCCAAAGUGUUGGAUGAACCGAGCUAUUUGUCUAGAGACUGAAGAAGCUGUGAAUGAAGAGUUAGGAAAUCGUUUUGUUGUAGAAAAUGGAGGGAAAUAACAACCAAGUGUACAGGUGAAGCUGAGUUCUGUUUGUUGUUGCGUGUUCACCAAAUUUGUCCAUUAUUGUCUUUGGUAAUUAAUGCUGAACUGGUCAUGUUUGUCGGGCGGUGUGGUUAAUGUCAAAUAGGGGUUGUCGAUGUACAGUCAUAUAUGAGACUCCUGUUGUCCGUUGUGAUAUGUGAACAUAGUUGUAUCUACAAAGACUGUACAAUCCAUCUCCAGCACUACUCUUUCUUCC